AUGCUUGAACCCAUAUUGAAAAGUCCCUUCAAUCUGUCAUUCUCAUAUAAUAUUCUAAUUGAAAACACCUGGUUGCAUUUGAUCAUCCUGGUCACAUUGAGCUCACAUGCAGUUCUCAGACGUCAUGAGCCAACAUUUUCGUCUUACAUUUAUACGCUUGGAAUCUCUCUGACGAUUCUGACGUUGAUUUUCAAAAGUUUCUUAAUAGCCUUCGAACUGAUUUCUUUCCUAAACCUCUUGCUUGGAAUUCAAAUCUUGUUAUAUCGUCAAUUUUGGCAUGAUUUAAAAAACUUUCCUGGACCAAAGUUAGCAGCUAUAAGUCAAUUUUGGUUACUUAGGGAAGCUUAUCUUGGUAGAACUCGAUUCACCAUGAAAGAAGUUGGGGAUCAAUAUGGAGAUUGGGUAAGAAUUGGUCCUAAUGAGCUCUAUACGGUAAGCUUAAAUGCCUUAUGGACCAUCAUGGGUCCCAAAGGAUGGAGUAAAGGGGUAUCUUAUGAUUCCGGAAUCACAAAAGACAAACAAGGCGGAGAUAGUGUUCUGACUCUAAAGACUUUGCCCGACCAUGCUACUAGGCGUAGAAUCUGGGAUAAAGCUUUCACACCUAAAGCUAUUCAUUCUUACUUACCUGCAAUCGAAGCUCGAAUGGAUCAAUUAUUAGGAGUAUUGGAUCAACAUGCAUUGGAUGAAACCCCGGUGGAUCUGUGCUUGCAGCUUGGUUACUUUGUUUAUGAUUUUAUGACUGAUAUGGCAUUCGGAGACGGAACAAGCUUACUCAUCAAUCAACAUGAUGAACAUGGGAUUUUAAGUCAUAUGGGCAGAGUAGUUCAACAAGUUGGAAUCCUUAGAAAUGUACCAUGGUUAACUUCAUUAGUCAAUCAACUUCCAAAUCAAAAGAUCAAACAACAAGAUCAAUUUAGAGAAUUCACUAAAUCUAUGUUCUUACGUCGUUAUAAACAAGGAUUAGCUACUGAACUUGAUGUUUUUCAUUAUCUUUUGGGAGAAGAUUCAGAAACAGGUACUAAGCUCAGUUUUUCUGAACUCGUGGCAGAUUCCACUUUAGUGAUAAUCGCAGGAGCAGAUACAACGAGAACGGUCAUGGUGGCUCUAUUUCUAUACCUCCUUCGAUCCCCAAAGCACAUGGAAAGACUCCAAGGUGAACUAUCAAAAGCAACAGACCUAAGUUCCACAAGUUUAUCAAAAAUAUCAUAUUUAGAUGCAUGUAUAAAAGAAGCCAUGAGAUUACAACCACCCUCACCAGCAAACAUUCAAAGAAUUACACCAGAUGAAGGUAUGAUGAUCGAUGGAAUCUUUAUACCAGGUGGUACUAAAGUUAGAAUGAGUAAUUGGGCAAUGCAACGUGAUUCACGUUAUUUCGAAUCACCUGAAUCCUUUUGGCCUGAACGUUGGAUUGAAACUCCUUCAAUUGCUAAUCCACAUAAUCCAAAAGCAUUUUUUCCUUUUAUGAUCGGACCUGGAACUUGUGUUGCAAAAAAUUUAGCUAUGGUGGAAAUGCGUUUGGUGAUAGCUCAUAUUUUAAUCAAUUAUAAUCUUGAAUUCGCUCCUGGUUUUGAUGAUAUUGGAUUUGAAAAAUCUUGGACAGAUGCUUAUCUUUUAUUAAUCGAAUCCCCUUUUUUGAUCAAACUUAAAUCAAAAAAUGUUUGA